AUGGAGCACACCAAGCAAGCCGGCCGGGACGUCUCGUCUCGGCCCAAGGCGCGUGUCCUUUACCAGGCCUACAGCUUCCUCAAAUAUCAUGCUUACACGGCUUACUUGCUAAGCUGUAACAACAUCUUUGACAUCAUUGUCUCGGGCUUCCUAUUUGGUCUGAUCAACGCGCCCAUUGCACCUCGUCUCUCUUUGGGGCCGUCUCGGUCCUGGAGCCAUCUGCUGAAGGCCGCACCCGGUAUGCUCUUGUGGUCGUGGAGCAACCUCGCCAUCUUCAACCUCCACAACCAGCGUCAUGGUGCCGAAGAAGAUGCCGUGAACAAGCCCUGGCGUCCGCUUCCUUCGAAGCGUCUGACACCAGCCCAGGCAACGUGGGCCAUGUACUGCAUGUAUCCAGUAAUCCUGGGCAUCUCGUGGAAGUUCGGCGGCUUGGGUCCGUGUCUUCUUGAAGCGAUAUCAUGCAUACACUACAAUGAGUGGGGUGGAAGUUCUGAUCCCUUCUUGAAGAAUCUCCUAAACGGGGUUGGAUUCGCAUGUUUCCUCGGCGGCCCCCUCGAGGUCGCUACGGGCCAUUCGCUGCUCCAGGGAAAGGCGGCCAUCUGGAUGGCAAUCCUCGCGGCUUCAAUCACCACUAUGUCACAUGCUCAAGAUUUCAGAGACAAAGAAGGGGACAGGAUGGCUGGCAGGAAGACAGUGCCCCUCAUCAUCGGCGACACGAACGCCAGGGUGCUGGUCGCCACAGGAGUUCUCGGCGGCCCAGCGAUAGCAUGCUGGUUCUGGCAAGCUGGCUGGUCAAGUCUCUUGGCCUGGCUUGCGGGUGGUGCCAUGUCGGUGAACUUCUUCCGGGACAGGAGCCAGAAAGGAGACACUUUAUCGUGGAGAAUGUUUCCACUCUGGCUGCUCGGCAUGACUUUGAUUCCUCUGGGAGGAUUCUAA